GGCGUUUAGACGGUGGAGCCGCUCGAGGAACCGCACGAGCGCAGAAACCUUGGUGACGCAGCCAGACAGGUUACUCAGCAACGCUUUGAUUCGAAGUUCAUUAAUAUUUAGUUGCGAUAUUAUUAAAUAUCGGUGUUUUUUUUAAAAACAUCUUCCAGUUCGUGAGCAGUUCUGUAAGUUUUGACAUGCGCUUCCUCGGCUCACCCUGGCGACUUUGACUGCGUUUGAGUUUCCUGACAAGUUGCUUUGACGUUAGCUUUAGCCGGCUAGCUACAAUUAGUUUCACUGUUUAACGCGUUAUUUUUCUCACUUACCUGUCGGUACGAACCGUUCUCAAGCCAUGACGGGUAGAGAAGAGGAAUAUGACUAUCUUUUCAAAGUGGUGCUAAUCGGAGACUCCGGGGUCGGGAAGAGCAACCUGCUGUCCCGCUUCACGCGCAACGAGUUCAACCUGGAGAGCAAGAGCACCAUCGGCGUGGAGUUUGCCACUCGCAGCAUUCAUGUAGAGGGCAAAACGAUCAAAGCCCAGAUCUGGGACACUGCGGGUCAGGAGAGAUACCGCGCCAUCACCUCAGCAUACUACCGCGGUGCCGUCGGUGCUCUUCUGGUGUACGACAUUGCAAAGCACUUGACAUAUGAAAACGCCGAGCGCUGGCUGAAGGAGCUGCAGGACCACGCUGACAGCAACAUCGUCAUCAUGCUGGUGGGCAACAAGAGCGACCUGCGUCACCUACGAGCCGUGCCUACAGACGAGGCCAAAGCGUUCUCAGAGAAACACGGGCUUUCCUUCCUCGAGACUUCCGCUUUGGACUCCUCUAAUGUAGAGCUCGCCUUCCAGACCAUUCUCACAGCAAUCUACCGCAUCGUCUCUCAGAGGCAAAUUUCCGGGCGCGGCGACACCGACUUCUCCCCCAACUCUAAAGUCGUGCCCAUCACGGUGCAGCCCACACAGAGCUCGGCCAAGCAAAGCGCCUGCUGCCAGAACAACUAAACAGCCGCCGUAGCACAAUGGGAUUAUGGGUAAAAACCGACAUAAGGCUGGCCAAGGGGGGUUGCAAAGUUUGUUUGUCAAGCACAUUAAGACCCCACCACCACCAACCCACCCCUUUCCCCUUAAUAACACAUGCGGUAGGUUUUAACGUCUAAGCCCUAAUUCAACAAGUUAAGCUUUAACGUAGGGACAGAAGCGAAAAGAAAGAAUUGUUAUUUUGUUUUUCCUCCACAGACUGAUUUAAGGUUCUUUAUAUUUUUACACUAAUUAGAAAGGAUACUAGUAGACUAUUUAUGUCUGCGGACAUUUUGCAGGAGUUACAGUUUAUAUCCCCAGCUAGCACUUACAACGUGCUCAAGCCUAUACAGAUACAGGAAAGAGGGUGCUACAAUGAAACGUGUCUAUUUUAACCACCACGCACUGGGUCUAGUUUUUAUUAAAGUCUCCCGGAGGAAACUUUUUUCUUUUCAGCGGAUCCGUGAAAAAAAAAAAAAAAAACCCAAAAGAAAAAUCAUCGACUUCAUCUCCAUGACUGCUGCGUCUGCCUGUAUUGUUGAUUUGUAAGAUGACUCAGUGAAAGAACCCCUCUAUUUAUUUGCUGCAUUGAAACAUCUGAGAUGACACUGUUCAGAUUACAUCCUGAUAGCCUGUGGAUUUUUAUUUUAAACACAUUGUUUUAUUUUGAUGGUGUUUUCCGGUCUGUUUUUUUUUAUUAUUAUUAUAUAUAUUUAAGGGUUGAUUAACUGUAUUCUCUCCAGGGUGAGUAAAGUGUAAAGUCUAAACUAGUUACAUGUCUUUUUUUUUUUUUUUAAUGUGGGAAGUUUUAACUGCUCUGUUUCUGGGUCAUGUGUUCGUUUUCGUGUUUUGUUCGUUUUAUUUGGCCGAUAGGUCUUGCGUUUAUUUGAAUGGAUCAGCUUUAGAGGCUUUACUAGGUGUCGUUUUAUCAGUGACUCAUUUAACCUGGACUACGAUGAAGGCAUAGAACAGGAAGGCAGAGGCAGGCUCAUCCCUUUACGUUAACGGAUUAUGUUGCAGGACUGAGCAACAGCGGUGCACUGAGCUGCUCACUGAGGAGUUUCUGGUGUACUGGAAGGGGCUUGUCUUACUGUAAGUGAAGCCCUCAUUGCCCAUCCCUAUAAUAUACUGUAUGUAACCUGAAGAAAGCCGUACCCUCCGGGAUCACUGUUAAUUGUGUCCCAUCUCUCACUCCUUUUCUCUCUUCUCCCUCCUUUUCUCUCUGGUUGGAGUCAUAGAAAGAGAGUUCACGGUAGGUCAGAUUAAGGAAAAAGAUGAAACGAGAGAUGUGGUGAAGGUCAUUUAUCUCUAGUUCAGUUUCUGUCAAUUAGGAAGCCUUUUUCGAUUAAAUUCCAGGUCUGAGAAGAACCUAACGUUCAGCACUCGUCACUGGCAUUAACCCCGUUCUCAAAAACACUAGAUUCGAUCUGUGUGUCGAGGUGUUUUUAAAAUUCCUCAAGUACCAGGAUGACCUCUCACCAAAUAUAAGUACAGUUCAUGUGGCUGCAAAUGUUUUUUUUUUUUUUUUUCUGUUUCAAGAUAUUGCUAGAUGCUUAAGUACUGCAUUAUUGCUCCAAAGAUCGGAAAUGCUUUAAUUAAACGAAACAAUCGUCCGGUAAUCCGGAGAGAACCCAAACCUCUCAUUUCAUCUUAUUCAUGAAUUUAUAAACCCAAAGAGAAAUGGAGGAGGAAAAAAAAAGUAAGGGAAGAAAAAAUUUUUAUGUAUGAAGGGGUGAAAUGUAAAAAAGUGACGUUGUGUUGAUGCAUAAAUCUGUAUAUAUGGAUAAAAAUAAACGUGUUUUUUUUUUUGGCUUUUA